UUGGUAAAAACAAGUGAGUUAAAGAACUAAAAAUAGCAGGCCAGUUAAAAACAAGAUAAUGACUGACUGAUGUUAAGAAGAAUUAACAUUGGGAGGGCUGUAGCUAACGCCCUGACCAUCAAAGUAGCUGAAUUUUCUUGUCCUUUCCAAAAAAUAUAAAGCUCUAAUCAGAAUAAUUACAUGUACAGGUGUUUUUUUUUUUUUUACAUUUUUACUUUUGAUUCAUAUUAGCUGCUAUGACACUUUGUUUAUUAUUAUAUAUCAUCAAGUGAUGUAAAUGCAAGCAUACAAACUCUUUCAUUUUUCCUCACACAAUAAUGGUAAAGUUAAAGAACUUGAUGUGACAAUAACAGAGGUUAUAGAUCCUCAGUAUGGUUUGUUUACAUGGCCAUCUGCACCUGUAUUGGCACAAUUUAUUUUUCAUAAUCAACAUCUAGUGACGAAAAAGAAUGUAUUAGAGAUUGGAUGUGGAACAGCACUAGCUGGUGUUGUUGCAGCUAAGUUGGGAGCAAAUGUUACACUAUCUGAUGCUAAAAACUGUCGUAAUUGUUUGGAAAAUUGUAGAAAGUGUUGUCUGAAGAAUGACCUUAUAGAUGUGAAGAUUAUUCCAAUCACUUGGGGAAAUGUCACAGAAGAUAUUUUGCAUUUAAACAAUGUUGAUAUUAUUGUGGGUUCAGAUUGCUUCUAUGACAAAAAAGAUUUUGAAGACAUCCUCUUUACAAUUUCUUUUCUCUUGGAACGAAACCCAAAUGCAGUAUUUUGGACAACAUACCAAUUAAGAAAUUGCAAUUAUUCCAUUGAAGAGUUGUUGAUGAAAUGGAACCUAAGUAGUCGAUCAAUACCUCUGGAGGAUUUUCAUGCAGAUGGUGAAUAUGUUGGUGGUGUUGACAUGUCUUCAAAUCAUGUAAUUCAAAUGUUCGAGAUAUGUCGAUCGUAAUUUGUAAAAUUAUGCUGCAUGAGUAUUGUGGUAUGCAAAAUAAAUAGUGCUAUAUUGUUGAUAUUAUUUCUGUCAACAAAUGUCAUUUAUAGACUUAUCUUGAUAAAUUAAAUAUGUAAUAAAUAUUUGUGCUACAAUAUUUUACAGCAACAAAUACGUGGGAUAAUUUGA